AUGAUCAACAACUCGCGCCGCAGCAAGUCCCAGAUCACCCGGGCCACCCCGUCCAACUCGUCCACGAACCCCUUCCCCCACAUCCACCCCCCACCGCAGGGGCGUGUGCCGAUAUACGACCCGCAAGAUAUCUAUGGGGCGUACCCCCAGCCGGCGUAUCAUCCGUAUCAGGUUCCGUACCCGCCCCAGUAUCAAGGACAGCAGGGCGCGAUACAUCCUCCGCGGCAUGAUCGGAAUAGGCCUCAGGGCCCGCCGGUACCGCUGGAACCGCCGAGAGAGGAGACGCCGACGUACCCCGUGAUAUCGACGAGCAUGUUCUCGACAAGCCUCAACGCUGCCCAACCGCCCCCCCCUCCGGCCGGUCCGGUAUCAAACAACAACCCAGGCGAGACGUAUCUAUCAGGCUUCCAAGUCGACUAUCCUCGCGUGGAAGCAGGGCGCGCCGUCCGCCGGCCGAGGGUGGUGGUAGAAGAAGACGAGAAGGAUGAAGGGUCGGGGGUGAGGAAGGUGCUGGUGGGGAGACGGAAGGUGGUGGUCAAGCCAGGGGUCGGGCUCGAUGGGCUCGAUGGGGAUGAUGUGGGGGAGGUGUUUCCGCCGCCGGCAGAGGCCUAUAUUAUACUACGGCCGCAUCGGGUACCGAGAGAGUUGUGGGAUGAUGGGGUGUUUGGGGACUUUUCGGAUGCUGAGGACUGUCCUUCGAGAGGGAAAGCUCUCGGUCUUCAAGCUCAGCCUCGCGGCUUCCCGGCUCUCAACGCUCCACUCAUCGUUCAACUAACAGUCUACGACUCGCAAGGCCACGUCGUUCCCGUCGACUCGCCCGUACUGAGUCGCAGGCUAGUGCAUACGAUCAUGGUCGUCGAUCUUGUGUCGCCGGAUGGGAAAGAACAAAGGUCUAGUAUCAAGCUCAAGCCGAAUAACGAUCUCCUCAACUCCUCAUCCCCCGAAUCAUCCCCCGCACCCCCGAUCUACAGGCGCAACCUCCUAGGCGCCACCGUCCGCGCCUCCUCCGUCCUCAGCAGGGGUGGCGGAAGACAUCCAGAGCGGGGGAUCUUUUUUGUGUUUUCGGAAUUGGUGGUGAGGAAUUUUGGGGUGUUUGCGCUGAGGAUGAGGGUUGCUGAUUUGGCUGGGCCAGCGCAUCUUGGGACUUCUAUCGGUGUAACGCGGACGUUGGUGGAGGGGUUGACCCCGCCCUUUGAAGUAUUGUAA